AUGCUGGCCACGCUGGAGCAGCAGCUCGGCACGGCACAGGUCUUGCGCGCCGUGGCCUUUCGCUCGGCGCAUGCCGUGUUUGAGGCCCUCAACGGCGCCUGCCUGGAGGCGCAGGCCGCCCGCGGGCACGCCGGCGUCGACUUGGACACCCUUCCCCAGUUCGCCUUCGCCAAUGAGGACCCCAUCAGCCGGCCGGAGUCCGUGGCGCGGCCCCUUGCCCGGAUCCUGUACUACCUGGAUGUGCUGUUUAACUUCCACCUCCAAGGCUACCGAUACUCCAUGAACAACACCCUGAACGAUGACUUCGCCCUGGACCCGGAGCGCAACUGCGAAUUCCUCGCGGUCGACUGGUUCCUCAAGCGCGUUCGGCGCAUGAUCCGCCACUGUGUGGCGUUCCUCCUCCGCCUGGCCUCCUUCGCCGAGAUCGAGCGUGUUCUUCUGCUGCUGGUCGGGUGCGUCCAUUUCCUCGUGGCCGCCAUCCGGAUCAUCUUCGACCCGGCGGCCCACUCGCGCGAUGCCUUCCACGACCAGCGGACGAUGGUUGUCAGUGACUGGAAGGAGACCUUCAAAUUCCCGGAGAAGGACCUCCAGCUGGGGGCCGUGUAUGCGGGAAGCCGGCCCUCGGCCUCGCUGUCGGCCCCACCCGAGGAGGGCCUCCAGCUGGCGCCUUUCCUGACGCAGGACCCGGAUGACCUGGUGACCCCCGGGUCCCGGGCUCCCAGGUCUCCGGUGGACCUGAGCCUGGGCGGCGGGGAUAUCCCCCCGAACGGGGCCGACCAAGCGCCCGGAGUUGCUGGGACCGGUUGGUACAACAUCGGCCUGCCGAUGGCCGCCAUGCCGGCGUCGCUGCCCGACGCGCUGGACCGGCUCAAGCAUGUGGUCGGCCGCGGCCUCGGGAUGGACCCUCCCUCCACCGAGACGGACGCCUCCUCCUGGGUGGUCUUCUCGGAGGAUGACUACUUCCCGGAGGAUGGGGCCCUCUUCGAUGACAGUCAGGCCAAGGCCGAUGGGCCGGCCGGCGGGGCCCCGGGCGCGGCCCCGGGCUCACCCGACACCAGCCCCAUGGUGGACCUGGUGGUCCAUUCGCGGGUGACCCUGUCCGGGCUGUCGGCCACCGUGAACCUCGCGGCGCCGGGGCUCCAGGCGGCCGACUCGCCGGCCGGGCGCGCCGGCACCGGCGUCGGCGGCCCCAGCGACCUCGGCGUCGGCGGCGCCAGCAGCAACAGCAGCAACACCGGCAGCAGCAGCAGCAGCAGCAGCAGCAACAACAACAGCACCACCACCACCACCUCUGGGGGCACUGGCGCCAGCACGCGCGUCCAAUUGUUUCCCGUGCUCCAGGAGCAGGAUUACAUUGCUCUCCUGGAUCGGCUGCCGCUGCGCCAGUUUGCCGGGUAUGUGGCCCGGCAGUCGGUCGGUCGGCUGGAGGCUGGUGCCCCGGCCGACAGGGUCUUCACCGACUUCAGCCAGCUCCUGCGCCUCGGGUACGAGCUGUACCGGGCGGUGUGCCUCUUUUCGCCGCCGCCCGACCUGCCGGACUUGGCGCACCUGGAUGCCGGUGGGGCUCGGCUGCGCCGGCUCCUGGGGGUGGAAUUUCUGCGCGGCCGGCACAUGGCCCGGGAGUUCGACUCGGCCGGCCAGGUCCAGUACAUGCUGCCCUCGCGGCGCCUCGUGCUGGCCCUCCUUCGGCAUAUGCUGCUGCUGCCGAAGUUCUUCCUGGACGAGUUGCGCCAGCUGCCGGGCUUCCAGCGCCACCUGCCCGGGGUCGGGUCCUUCGAUCUGCUGGACCAGGCCCUGCAGCGCCUGUCGGUCGAGGUGGAGGACUACCAGUUGCAGGUGUUCUUCGCGCUGAGCCGCAUGCCCGGCCUGCCCCUGGCGGCGGUCGACUUGUCGGAGCUCUUCGGCCUGGCCAUCCGGCUGGCCUUCACCCCGGAGGGGGGCAUCUCCCCGCACCUGAUGUCCACCCUGUGUGUCUACCCUUCCGGGGAGAGCACCAUCCUGGCCAAGUCCAUUGUCUAUUCGCUAUUCACGGCCAUCUUCUCGCUCCUUGAUUGUCCGAUCAACGAAAUGACCACCAUGGUCUUCAACUGCAUUCAAGCCGGUGGCCCGGUGGCGGAUUUCGACGAGGCCCUGGCCAACACGGUGCACGCCUUCUUCCAGCGGUUCCUGACUACCGGCCGCGACGCGGCGAUUCUCAGCCGCAUGGAGCUCCUGUCGUCGCUGGUCUGCUCGCCGGCUUUCUCCUUCUUGCUGACUGGGUCGACCACCGGCCUCCCGCUACAGCCAGUUCCCCAGGCCAACGUUGUUCAGAGCGCCAUCCUGCUCCUCCUGCGGCUGACGACGCGCACCUUCUUCUCCCUGAGCUUCAGCAACUCCGGCUUCGACAGUGCUGCCCGCAAGCUGCUGGAAAUCCUGGCCACCGAGCACUCGGGCAUCUGCGUGCCGCUGAUCUGCCAGCUGGCUGGGUCCCUGCUGACCGAGCGCCCUCCAGGCCCGGAGGUCACCCUGGAGGUGACUUCCUUCGUGGGGGGCCUGCCCUUCCGGAAUCUGUCCCUCAUCCCGCCGAUCUCCGCGCCGCUGGCCCGGCCGCUGGCCAUUGGCCUGUAUGGCUCGCUGCCGGAGGUCCUGGCCGCCUGGUCGGAGGCCGGGUGGUCGGAGGGCACGGCCGGCCUGGCUCUGGCCAUCCUCAAGGAGCUGAACUACGACAAUCCGAUCCAGGUGCCGCUGGAGUUCCAGCGCUUCUUCGCCCUCAUCCUGGCCGAGCUGUAUGUGGUGACGCUAUAUGGGGAGGCCAUCCGGCAGCGUGUCCUCCGUCGCCACCCGGCGGCGGCGGCGGCCGAGGCGGCCCUGGCCCCGAAGGAUGCCCUGGCUGCCCGGCUGGGCGCCCUGCUGGAGCAGGCGCCGGCCGUGCGCGGGCUGACGUCCCCCUUCCUGCGGAAUGUCACCCGAGUCAUGGGGCAGCUGCAUCUGUUUUCGGACGCGCGCGUGGUCCUGCCGGGCUACACGCACCAGCUGACGGGCCAACUGCUGCGCAUCCAUGCCCCGCCCCUGCUCCAGUGCCUGGCCCAGGAGUUUGCCCGGCGCCGGGGCGAGGCCCCUCUCGAGCCGGGCGCCGCCCCGCCGGCCAGCGUCAGUCAGAGGACCCCCUUCGCCCAGCUGAGCCCCGAGAGUCUGAAUCUGACGGAGUGCUUCCACUUCCAGCCGCCGGUCGGCUGGCCGCCGGCCAUGGUGGCCGAGCACGUCCUCCUGUCGCCGAAGGUGCCCCGGCUGCCGGCCGUCAACCCGCGAGCCGUGAAGGACAGCAACGCGCCGAGCUUCGUGCGGGCGCUCUUCACCCAGGCGGCCACGGUGGCCACGCUGCCGGUUCUGGGCUUUGUCCUGGCGAUGACGACCAACAUCGGGGACAUUGUGCCGGUUGAUCCGUACCGGCAGCCGGUGUUCCGGGGGCCGCCGGUGACCGCGGCCCCCGACCGACGGACCUUCUCCCCCGCCAUGCCGGUCACCGGUCUGCUUGAGUUGCCGUUCUUCCGCGCGCUGGAGGGGCUCCGCGCGUCCGAGUCCUUUUCGCUGUUGCGCUCGACCCUGGUCAACUUCUUCCCGGUGCACAUGACCACCUUCACCGAGCUCAGCCCUCCCGGGGCCUGGCUGGUGGACAUCGAGCAGGGCGAUUGUCGCCUGUCCCCGAUGGAGAAGGCCGCCGUGGCCGUCGUGCGUGUGUGUCUCUUCGGGGGCCUGACCGCGGGGUCGGUGGAUUUGCCGGCCGCCCCGGCUGCCGGGACAGCCGGGGCGGCCGCCGCAUCUGCGGCAUCCGCCCUGCAGGGGCUCUUUUCCGGCGCAUCGGCCGGCCUGCGGCGCCUGCUCGGUCCCGGGAAAGAGCUGUCGCGCUCCUCGCUGGCGUACUUGCUGGAGCGGACGGGCACCGGGGUGUCGGGCGCCUUUGAGGGGGCCCUUCGGCAGGCGCUGGCUCCGGUGGGCCUGCUGCCGGCCGGUUUGGCCAUGGACCCGGUGUGGGCUCUGGCCGCGGCCUUCUGGGCCUGCUUUGGUCACCUUCGGACCCCCGGGGCGCGGGAGCGCUGUCUGUCUCUCUGGCUGCGGGUGAUCAUGGCCGCCGGCACGCCGGGGUCCUUCUUCCUUUCGCCGGCCACGACUCAGCUGCUGGACACGGUCAUCUUCCUGGCGCAGUAUAUGGCCCCGGGGCUGGAGGACACCAGCAGCACGGCCGGUCUGGGGCCCUUUGUCCUGUAUGAUCUCCUGGGCGAAGACCCGGUCACCAGCCGGGUGGUGCAUGCCGAGUUGUGUCGCUUCACUCGCACCGACAUGCAGUACGGACUGGCCGAGGCUCAGCGGUCGUCUGACACCGAUGCGCUCUUCGCCCACCUGCAGCAGGCCGCUUACUUUGAAAGCGCCGCGGUGCCGAAUGCCUACCUUCAGUCGCGCUCGGUCUUCUACUUGGCGCUGUUGCGUGCCUCCUUCCACUGCGAGAUCUCCCUUUGCCGGCACCUCGCCCAAGUGGUCCGCACCCGAGCGUCCUCCCACUCGCCGGCGGACCUGACGCGGCGUCUCCGCCCGGAGGAAACCCGGGCUUUCAGCCAGUCGACUCUCCUCCUGUGGUUCCGCAUGGCGACCCUUUGUCAGUUGGCGCCCGGUGCCCUGGUCGGGGCGCUGCCCUUCUGGCUGGGUGCCAUGGCCAUCUGGACACUGACCCCGGCUCGACUGCUCGGCAUCGAUAGCCGGACCCCCAUGCACUUGACAUGGCUCGGGCCGGUUCUGCUCCAGGUCCACCGGACUCAAAUGUCGGUCAUCAACUGGACCGACCCGCUGGCGCCGGUGCUGCAGGUGCUGGAGGAGGCUGUCAGCGCGGCCGCCGACCGCCGGGGCCCUCGGUCUCCCUUCCCGGUGCGCCUGUACAGCGCCCUGACGGACAUCCUGAAGACGGCGCCCGAGGCGGCGGUGGCGCACUUCCGCACGGCCGAGGCCUUCUCGCCGGCCCUCUUCCGGGACUUCCUCCAGCCGGAGGAGCCUUUCCCCCAGUUGCUGGUGGCCCUGGGCCAGGUGCUGGCCGAGGCCGGGGCCGGCGGCGCAACGGCCCUGACCACCUCUGCCACGAUCCCCAUCUUCCGGGACAUCCUGGCCCGGUACUUUGCGGUGUGUCGCCUCUCCACCGAGGAGAGCCUUGCGGUUGAUGGGAGCGCCGACGCCGACGCCGCCGCCGGCACGGUGGGCGACAAGGCGCCGGUGUGGGGGCUUUCGACCCGUGCCCUGCCGGCCCUCGGCCUGGCCAUCGACUCGGCUGGCCUGUCGGUCGGGCUUCAGCCGCUGGCCGAGUCGGUGCUCGGGAUGGCCGCACGCGGCCGGGGGCCGGGGGCCGGGGCCUCGGCCGCCGAUCCCGGCGUCGCCCUGCCGGAUGCCGAUGUCCUGGCCGCCGUGCCGGAAGACCUGCGCUUGGAUUCGCUGGGGCUCGAAGCCGCGGCGCCGGAUCUCCUGCGCCGGUGCAUGACCCGCGUGGCGGAUGCCUACUUUGCCGGGCCCGGCCCCGAGGGGGAAGGCGGCCAUGGCGCGGGCAGCGCCGACCAGGCCGGCAUCGGCCAGCUGACCGUCGACCAAUGCCUGGCCCGGCUGACGGAUCUCUACAGCGAGCAGGUGGCCGCCCCCGGGUGGCAGGGCGAGGAAAUGCACCGGGCCGCGGUGGCCAGCAUCAAUCGCCUGCAUGGGACCCUCCUGCCGGAGAUGUACCACCUGAAGAGCGUGCCCAUCCAGCUGACCAACAAUUGCGAGUCCUGCGGCGGGACGGUGGUUUUCAUGAACCGGCACGAGGUGCACCAGCUGAAUGCGGACCAUGCCCACGAGGCGCAGGAGAUCCUCCUGCGCUUCAGUCGCAUCGGCGCCUUCGUCGAGGCGGGCAUGGACUCGACGGCCUUCCUGCCCGCGGCCCGGCAGAUGGUCCGGCUGAUGGAGCGCCUGGUCCAGGUGGCCGGGCCGAUGGUCGAGCGCAUUGCCGCCGCCCGCAGCAUGACCGACGCCGAUGCCCGCAUGGCCGACGCCCUGCUGACCUUCACGCGGGAGUUCAUCAACGGUAUCCGCGCGGCGCCAUCCUCGCUGGCAGCCACCACCCUGCUGGCGGACGCCUUUGCCCGGCUGGUGGCGCCGUUGGCCCUGGCCUUGAAGUCGGCCCCGGUGGCCCGGCUGAACGCCUUCAGCGAUGGCCUGCGGGAUCUUGUGGCCGCGGAGAUGCACUCGGCCAGGCUGACGCCCGGGGGCAGCGGCCCCGGGGCCGGGCGCGGCUCCGGCGGGGCCACCGGGCCGCUUGCGGCGCCGGCCGCCCUGGCCGCCCCCGGCGGGGGGACCUUCUUCGAGCGCCUGUCCGUCCUCGGGGACAUGAUCACCGGGUCCCUGAGGCCGGGCUCGGCGGGGGCCGGCUCGCGUGCCGGGGCCCCCCACGUGGGGGCGUCCCUGUCCUCCUUCGACUUCCAUGCGAGCCGGAACACGGCCCAGGCUCAGCGACUGCAUGCCCUGUGGCCGGCGCUGGAUCUGAACCGGACCCCGGAAGACCUGGCCCUCUGGCUGCCGAGCCUGCUGGAAUUCGUGGAUGGCCUGCCGGGCAACAUGGGGGCCGAGUUCCUGACGGCCCCCCUGUCGCUGGUGCAUUUCCUGCGGGAUCUGGCCCCGUCCCACCGGGGCAGCGAGGUCCCCCGGAAUGUGGCGUCCAUCUUCGACUUGACCGGGGCGCGUCUGUUGAAUCUGACCGAGGGCGAUCUGGCCCGCGGGUCGACCGUGGUCCUGCUGGCCCUCACGGCCGAGCGCAUCCUCUUCCACCAUGGCCCGAGCACCGGGCGUCUGUUGGCCACGCUGGCCGGCAGCCAGCGCCCGGUGCACCAAGCCCUGCUGGUGGCCCUGCUCCAGGGGGUCGUGAGCCUGGUGCUGCGCCUGCUGCCGGCGGGGUUCCACUUCGGGCCGAGCGCGCUGGCGCUGGCGGUUGACCCGGCCGCCAGGCGGGACCCUGUGGCCGCGGCCGCUUGGCCAACCCUGCCGGCCGGGCGCCCGAGGCCCUACUCGCGGGCCGAAGUGCCGGCCCAGCUGCUGGCCCAGUGCCUGGCCCAGUGCCUGGCGCAUGUGGUGCCCAUCUUGCGCGUGGCCCUGGGCCGGGGCGCGCUGAGCGAGCUGGCCGCCGGCCCGCCGGCCGCCACCGGCGAAUUCGGCGCCACCACCUUCGAGGCGCAGGUGGGGGCCGUGGUGGCCGAGCACACCAUGUCCCGGCGUCUGGGCCACCUGCUGCCGUCGCUGCUGCAGCUGGCCCUCAUGCAGCACCUGAUGGCGGCCCCGUGCCGGGGGUCGGCCUCGCCGCAGCCGCCACAGCCGCAGCAUCAGCAGCUGCUCCUGCUGCACUUCCUGGAUGCCUGGGUGGCGCCCCUCGGCGUGCAUGGGCUUCUCCGGUACGCGGUCCUGGGGCCGGAGGCGGUGGCCGCCGCCGCCGCCCCGCCUCACGGCGCCGGGCCCACGCAGCCGCCCCUGAAUGAGCUCGUCUCGUUCGUGGACCGGUCCUUCAUGCCGUACUUCCUGGACCUCUCGACGCGGGUGGACUGCCGGCGCAUUGAGACGCCGCUGCUGGGCCUGCGGCAGACAGCCGGCGGGCGGGCCCCCCUGGCCCCGGCCGAGCGCCCCGCAGACAACUCCCUGGCCCGGGAUGUCCUCAGCGCCGGGUGCCACACCCUGCUGGGGGAUGCGCUGAUCUUUGCCUUCGGCCCGGGGCUGCUGGCCCCGCAGCCGGAGGCCUUCAUCGCGCGGAUGGCCGGCCGGCGACGGGUGCUGGCGGCGGUGACCGCCUCUGCUGCGACCACGGCCGGCGCCGCCGCCGGCGCCGGCGCCGGCGCCGGUGCCGGUGCCGGUGCCGGCUUCGACGGGUGGAAUGGCCCGGGGGGCAGCAUCGCCGUGUGGCUUCUGGGCCUGGCGCGUCUGGACUACCGGGCCUUGGUGGCCCGGUGCACGGUGGCCGGCCCCGGGGCCGGGCCCGUGCCCCCGAGCCCGGACGAGGUGCUGCUCCUGCCGCGGCGGGCGCUGGCGGCGCAGCUGGCCGGCCUAGUGCCGAGCCUCGACCCGCCGGGGUCGCCCCCGGGUGGGUGCCCGGCCGGCGGGGCCUCCGCGCAGGCCAUGGUGCGCAGCUGGUUCGGGAGUCUGGUGGCCGGGCCGGCGGAGGCCUGGCUCCGGGCCGGGGCCGAUCCCCGGCGUCGCGUGGCCUCCCUGCCGGAGGACGCCUUCGCCUUGUUGGGGUCUCUGUCGGCGGCCGGGGGCGCCAUGCCGGCGACGACCGGCGGCGAUGGCGUGCUGGCUGACGCCAGGUACCUGGCCUGGGCGGCGGACUUCGCCCGGCGGGUGGCUCUGGCGGCCGGGCCGCUGUCCAAUGCCCCGGGCAUCUACCUGCCGCAGGUGCUGGGCAUGGCGCUGUCGCACGUGCGCAACAUGCUGGCCGGGUUCGCGUGGCGCGGCACGGCCCCCCCGCCGCGGGUCCUGCUCCCGGCGCGGGCGGCCCUGCUGGCCCUGCAGCAGGCCCUGGUGGAGGUGUUCCUGGCCGGGGGCAGCCCGGGGGCCGGGGGCCUGUGCGGCACUUGCGGCCGGGGCAUCCGCCCUGGGCCCGGUGGCCCGGCCGCCUCGCCGGUGGCCCCCAUCGACCCGGGGAAGUUGCGCGCCUGGGCCGCUCUCCUCCGGCCCCUGGUGCUGGAUCUGCUGGUGGACAUGCACCAGCUCGGGGUGCUGGCCGGCCUGCCGGGGGCCUUCUUCCGGCGUGGCGGCCAGACGCCCGGGCGGCUGCUGUGCGGGGGCUGUGCGACGGCGGCCACGGCGGCCACGGCGGCCACACCCGGCGCCACCGGUGGCCCCCCUGCCCUCCCGAAGCAGGGCCCGCUGGAGUUGGGCCUGUCCGCCGACUCGUGCGAGUAUUGCCUGGCGGUGUGUCCGUUCGCGGCGCAGGCGGUCACCGGCGGUGCCGUGGCCGAGCUGUGGGCCGUGGUGCCGCCGCACCAGCCGCUGGAUUUGGCGCCAGCCCUGCCGGCCGAUCGCCUGGCGGCCGUGCUGCUGGCUGGGUCGGACUCGCUGGCCGAGAGGCCGGGGCUGCGCGAGCGCACCGCCCGGCUCUUUGCCCUGCUGGAUCCGGUGGUCGUGGCGCAGGCCGGCGCGGCCGGACAGCCGAACGAGCCGCCGGGCCAGGCGGCGGCGGCGGUGGCGGCGGCGGCGUCGGCCGGGCUGCCGGCCCUCGGACAGGCCCUCAUCCGGCACCUCCUGUGGGGCCCGCUGACCGGCCUGUACGGGCGGGGCCCGGGUGCCGGGGGCGGGGCCGAAGUGGCCGACACGAUGGCCGCCGUUUGCCGGUCGCUCCGGGCCGGCGAGCCGGCGGUCGCCGGGGCGUCUCCCCUGCCGGCGGACAUGGCCCUGGCCAGCCUCCUGGCGCUGGCUGGCAUGGGCUGCCUGCCGGUGCUGGGCGCCGGGGACUUGGCAUUGCCCGGGCAGCAGCUCUGCGGCAGCCCGGCCGGGGCGCCCCCGGCCGCGGGGCACCUGUGCCUGGCCACCCGGGCCCGCCAGCUGCUGGCCGGGCUGCUUACGCCGCCCGAGAGCUCCUUCUCGGAUGAGUAUCUGCGUGAUGUCUUCCUCCAGAUGCUCCCCCUGUCGCAGCGCCUCUAUCCGGAUACGCACCAGCUGGUUGUCGCCGCGGCGCUCGAGCAGAGCAAGGGCCGUGGCACGCGGCUGAUGCGCCUCCUCCCGGCCCUGGAGAUGGCCCUCUUCCAUCCGUACUCCUUCCUUGACAUGGCCAAUUUGGCCUUCCGCGUGCCGGCCGAGCGCCCGUCCACGGCACAGCUCGCGCAGACCCCCCUCCUGCGCUUUGCAUUCUACCAGGACGGGCUGGCCAGCCCGGACUCGCCGCUGCUGGCCUGCCCCGGCAGCAGCGUCCUCGCGGUUGGCUCGCAUCCCGGGCUGGUGGAGAUUCUGGCCCCGGGCUUGGCGACCGCCCUCCAGCGGGAUCCCCUGCGUCCGAUCCAGGCGGUGUACGCCUUCAUGCUGGGGGUCAAUGUGCUUGAGUCACUCAUUUGGCGCCAAGUCCACGCAAACCUCCCGCAUCACACGUUCACGGCCUGCUUCAAGGCCAUGGCGCCGGCCUAUCUGCGGGCCGUCGCACACUUGGCCCCGCCCGGCAGCCCGCUCGAGCCCCUGCACCUGGGCUUCGCGGCCCUUCUGCUGCGUGUCGCCAUCACCGAGGGUAGUACGCCGCCGGCCCUGCGGAGUCUCUACUUUGCCAAGGUCAUUGCCGGGUUCCCGCUCUUCGCCCUGGGCAUUCCCGGCGACAGCACGACCCAGCUGGCCGGGCCCAGCCUGCUGGAUGAGAUGCGGCGCUUCCGCCAGGCAUUCGUCGGGCAUCUGUUCAACUACCCCCACUUCUUCGCCCCGCCGGCAGGGUACGGGCUUCUGACGGCCGAGGUGGCUACCGCCGUGAGCCAGCACCUGGAGGCCCAACGCUGA